AUGCAGACAGUUUUGGAGUUUCAGCGGGUGCUGUUAAAAGUGCAGGUGUCUCUCACUGUCGAGGAGGUGCAGGACCUGGUGUUCCUCUGCUCUGAUCUGCUCAGUCUGAAAGACCUCAGCACCGUGACCUCAGCCGGACAGCUCUUCAGUCUUCUGGAAAACAGAGACCUGCUGUCAUGGGAGGAUCCGUCUCUGCUUUUAGAGCUGCUCAGGAUCCUGAAACGGAGCAGCCUGAUCCGCAGUCUGAUCUCAGAGGAUGUUAUGCCAACCAACGGCACAAUAUAUAGUCAACAAAUCUCCCCAUACAGACAGUUGUUGUAUGAGCUGUCAGAGUCCAUCUGUGAGCAGGACCUGAAAAACAUCAAAUUCCUCCUGUUAAAAACACUACCGCGCAAAAAACUGGAGAAGGACACGACGCUGUUGCAGUUGUUUUUGGAGAUGGAGAAGGAGGACCUUUUGGAUGGAAAUAAUCUGGACGUUCUGCAGAAAAUUAUAGCAGAUAUCAAUCCCAGCUUAGAAAAAAGAAUCAUUCAAUACAAAACGGAGAGUUGUGAGACAGGUGGAAUGGUUAUUGCUCAGGAGAUCGGAGAUAUUACUCCUGCGUUGUACUCACCUGCUCCGCCCUCAUUGCUGACAUCAUGUACAUCGGGUCUGGGUAAUUUACAGUAUAAGGUAAAUGAACAACCAGUUGGUGCAGGAGAAAUGGCCAGGAAUAGAGAUCUGAGUGACUUUGACAAGUGCCAAAUUGUUAUGGCCAGACAAAUCAAGCAGUAUAAGAUGAAGGGGGACAAGAGAGGAGUCUGUCUGAUCAUCAACAACUGUGACUUCAAAGACUGUGGACUACGGAACAGAGACGGAACAGACAUUGACAAAAAAAGUCUGGAGGUUGUGUUCCAGUGGUUGGGCUUUGAGGUCCUGACCGAACAGAACUGUGAUCGCCAUCAGAUUCUGCAGGUGCUGAGGGACCUGGCUGAUCGUGACCACACAUCAGCGGAUUGCGUGGUGUGCUGUGUGCUGAGCCACGGACAAAUAAAAGGCAUUGUCGGGGUUGAUGGACAGAUUGUCACCUAUAGGGAGCUGAUAGAGACGCUGAGUCCAAGUCAGUGUCCCUCUCUCUUCAAAAAACCCAAACUGUUCUUCAUCCAGGCCUGCAGGGGUACCGACGAUCAGCCAGCAGCAUUUCCUCAAAUUUUCCCAGAUGAUGAAGUCAUGCCAGUCAGCGAUGCAGCUGUACCCAGAGACUCCAUACCUGAAAUGGCAGACUACCUGUUAGCCAUGUCCACUGUACCACACUACGUCUCAUACAGGGAAAAAGACAGUGGAACCUGGUUUAUACAGUCCCUCUGCCACAACAUGAAACUGCUGGUGCCAAGGGGUGUCGAUCUACUCUCCAUUCUGACGCAAGUGAAUAGCGAUGUGAGCAAAAAGACGGACAAAAGCGGUUUAAAGAAGCAGAUGCCACAGCCAGAGUUCACCCUCACCAAGAGAGUGGUUUUCCCUCCACCCAAAACGCGCCCGCCCCUUCCAUAACGUCCUACUGCAGUCCAUGAUACCUCUCAAACACAUCAGCAUGCACAGCCACACAGAUAUUCAUCAGCAAUGUUUACGUGACCUGUGAUGUGAUGACUAUAAAUGUGAUGAAAUACUGUAUGCUGUUUACAUACGGUAAUUUCCACUUCCCUAUGAAAACAAAUAGAAUAUUUUAGAUAGUUUAUGUAAUCAACAAGUAGUUGUUUUAAAAUCGUAGUGACAAUCAUACACAGUGCGCACAAGCCUCAGAUGAGCACAAUACAAUCUAUGCACAUGAAUGGAUUUUUGAUGCUGUCCUCAGGCAGGACAUGAGCACAUAUUGCACACAUGGGAAUGUCUUCAAUAGAUCUGCCAACUACUAUUGUAGAAUAAAUGUCUUGUUUUUGUUGACUUUCUUUCAUAGGGACCUGUUUACAAUUUUUCAGUAACGUGUUUUGUUACAGGUCACAGAUAGAUGAUAUAGUCUUAUUGUUUAAUACAGGACAGUCCUGCACAAUCAUGAAGUGUAAAUAGAACAUUAAAUUAUCAAAUUCGCCCCAAAACAAUGCUGUUUAUGUUUCUGCUGGGGAAAAGACUAUGAUUGUACUUGUGUGUAUCUGUCCAAGAGGCACGAUGCUCUAAUAUUUGAUGAAAAAGCACUUUUGUUUGUUGCUCUGCAUAGUUUCCACACAAGAGGGUACUGUUGCAACUAGCAGUUUAUUAGCCUGCUACAACAGCCUGCUGCUGCUGUUUAUUGCCCUCUGCACUCUAAAUAAAUAAAAUACAAAUUGUAUGGUGACC